UAGUUGAAGGUGCGUCGCCAAAGACGAGCAGGGAAGGAAGAAGCGAAGCUGCUAGCUACGUGACGCACAUAACACUUGUUUAAAACCAGCAUUAUUUAAGUGUAUUUCUUAUCUAAUAUAAAUAUAAUUAUAAGCUAAGGAAGUCUCAUGUGUUUUGCGAGUGAAAAUAGCGUCUAUUUCGCAGUUUAUUAACGCGCAUAGCACAAUCAAAGCGGUGCUAAACGUUAAAGCUAACGUAACAUUACAAAUACAGCGCAGAAGAUAGUAUUUAUUUCGUCAACAUGAGAGGGGGUUCUUCAUAUGGGGACAGAGACAGGGACCGUGGGCGAGACAGGCCCCGGUUUGGGGCUAUGACUGGUCGUGGUGGACCGCCACCAAUGAAGUUUGGGAAUCCAGGUGAGCGUCUUCGCAAGAAGAGGUGGAACAUGGAUGAACUGCCAAAAUUUGAGAAGAACUUCUACGCUGAACACCCCGAGAUUCAACGCAUGAGUCAGUAUGAAAUGGAAGAGUUUUGCAGAAAGAAGGAGAUCACCAUCAGAGGCACUGGCUGUCCAAAAGCAGUCACGGCUUUUCAUCAGGCGCAGUUUCCUCAGUAUGUCAUGGAUGUGCUGAUGCAACAGAACUUUGAGGAGCCCACAGCGAUCCAGUCUCAGGGUUUUCCUGUGGCCCUGAGUGGCAAGGACCUGGUGGGGAUUGCACAGACUGGCUCUGGAAAGACUCUGGCUUAUCUUCUUCCUGCUAUUGUACACAUCAACCAUCAGCCCUAUCUGGAGAGGGGAGAUGGUCCAAUUUGCCUGGUGCUGGCCCCAACCAGAGAGCUGGCUCAGCAGGUUCAGCCGGUCGCAUAUGACUAUGGCAAGUCUUCUCGUAUCAAAAGCACCUGUGUCUAUGGUGGAGCACCCAAAGGACCACAGAUUCGCGAUCUUGAGAGGGGUGUUGAGAUCUGCAUCGCCACACCUGGUCGCCUAAUUGACUUCUUGGAGGCAGGAAAGACUAACCUGCGUCGCUGCACCUACCUAGUGCUGGAUGAGGCUGACCGCAUGCUGGACAUGGGCUUUGAGCCACAGAUUCGCAAGAUAGUUGAGCAAAUUAGGCCUGACAGACAGACUCUGAUGUGGAGUGCAACCUGGCCAAAGGAGGUUCGCCAGCUCGCUGAGGAUUUCCUGAGAGACUACAUCCAGAUUAAUAUUGGUGCUCUGGAGCUUAGUGCCAAUCACAACAUCUUGCAGAUAGUUGAUGUCUGUAUGGAGAAUGAAAAGGACCACAAACUUUUUCAGCUGAUGGAGGAAAUUAUGGCUGAAAAGGAGAACAAAACCAUCAUAUUUGUUGAGACCAAGAAGCGCUGUGAUGAUCUUACCAGGAGGAUGAGGCGGGAUGGGUGGCCAGCCAUGUGUAUCCACGGAGACAAGAGCCAGCCAGAAAGAGACUGGGUGCUCACAGAAUUCCGGAGUGGCAAAGCUCCUAUACUGAUUGCUACCGAUGUUGCCUCUCGUGGUCUGGGUAUGUCUCCUCACACACAUAGUUACAGUUGUAGAAUCUCACAUCAUUGUCUCUUUUCUCCUUGCUUUUCAGUUUUUCCUGUCAUAAUAUUGUUUUCUGUACAUAAUACAAUAAUAUGAGUAAACGGUCACCACAGUUACACUAAUGUGUUCACAUACACCAUUACUUCCUUUUUUCAAAUUAAUUUUGACCAGUAGGUAAUAGGGGUGGGGGUCUUUGGCAGACUCGCGAUUCGAUUGUAAUUCUUGGUGUCACACUUUGAUUCAGAACGAUUUUCGAUAAUAAAAAAAUUACAUAUAUAUAAAAAAUUAUAUAUGCUGUCAUUUACUCUAGUUUACUCUGUCAAACAACUCAUUCCUGUCUGUUGCCAAUGAGCUGCUAAUGAAGCUUAGCAGACAGUUAAGUUAACUGGUUCUGAUGAGCAUCAAAACCAAGUAGCAUUAUGUAAAGUACUUGAAAUUAUAAGUAGGCCUAUAGAAUGUUAUUGAAAUGAACUUCACUUUUACCGGGUGCACCAUUAAAUGCAAUGAACUCAGUAAUGCACCAGUAAUUAUAAUCCAAUAAUAUCUGCAUGAGUAAGCCUUUUACUUUUGGUACUUUAGGUUAUACUUUGGUGCUAAUAUUUUUGCACUUUUACUUAAGUAAUAUUUUGAGUGCAGGACUUUUAGAGUAUUUUUAGACUGUGGUACUGCUACUGUUACUUCAGUCAACAAUCUGAGUCCUUCCACCGCUGUUUUUUGGUAGCUGGCGUGUGUGUUGUAAAGGGGAUGGAGGAGAAGAAAGCAGAGCGUGUGGUAGUGUUGUUUAUAACGUUACAUCCAUGGCAGUGGAGAACAGUGUCUCUGCUGCAGCGUUAGUACUAGAGAAAGCCAGGCACAGGUCUUUAGAAACGAGGUCUUUUCUUAGUCCAACCAGUUUGUGCUGCAGUGUGCAUUGCUGAGCUGCUCUCGUUUGUUAAGUUCGGUCCUCUGCUAUGGUAUGAUGGGCUACGAAGUAUUCACACAGUCCUCCACACAGACAUUAACAUGUGCUCAAAUGAUUUCUUUUACUGAACAUGAACUAACAUUACAACCAUAGAUGUACAACACAGCUCUUGUAUGUGCACACUGUCUGCGGUCCGUGUGCUACGCCGGCUUCACGGUUGUGUUCUGCCUUUUUUUUGUUCUGCCACCAUUAUUGCAGAAGUCGAUUUUCAGCAUUUGUGAAUUGAUUUAGAAUCAUAGAAGAUAUGAAUAGUGAUUUGUUUGUGAUUUUUCUUCUCCCACCCCUAGUGGGUAAGUAUAUUAAAGAUGAGACCAGCUCGAGCAGGCAGAUGUGAGAAGAACCCUUUGUUGCUGUAUAUAUGUAGUUGGAAAAUACAAAUCAAUCUCCAUACCACAAAAUGAAAAAUGCAUAUGCAUCUCUUUCAGAAUUUUCUUCUGUUGAUUAUUUACAGGUGCUUUUAUGACAUUUUUAUACAAGCUGUCACAUCAGAAAUAUAGAUUUGAUAAAAUAUAUAGUAAUGCUGUUAACCAACAGGUUUAGUCAGUUUGAAUGUAUGUGAUGUACAUUGUGAUGAACUCAACACAGUAUAUUUAAGGAGGUCCUACAGUUAUAACCUGACAGUUAAAUACACUGUGACAUUCAGUAUAGAGGCUGCAGGCCUUCUGGUCCACUGGGUUUAUGUCUGUUUCUUGUUACUGCAGUUAAAAGGCUUCCUUUAACCGGGGCUCUUUGGCACGCUGCCUGAAAGGAGGGCUGUGUGGGGCGGAUGCUCUUGGGCGCCUUUCUUAUGUCUCCUUUAUGGUGUCAGUGCAAAUUCACUGAUUAUGUUGCUUGAUAUUACACAUUUCUCCACACAUUAAAAUACGUUGUGUAGUUAUUCCAUUGGUAUCAUUCUGCAAAAUGCUACAUGUUAUGUUUUGCAGAUGUAUUUGAAUAGGUCAGUGAUAGCUGAGUUUCCACAGAGACAUCAGGAAGACUAGGAUGGCUAGUUUGACAUGAGGACAAAUCUGAGAAGGGGGAUAGGUGAAGUGUCUUUGACUUGCCAAAAUUCCUAUGACAUAUCCUUGUUCUUUUUUCCCCUCUUCUCCUCUCAGGGUUUGGCAGCACACGGCAGCUGUAACAGUCUGCGCUGCUGUCACUGCCCCCUCAGUCACAUUAAAGUAGAAGCUCAGCUAAUUUUAGAGGGAUUAAAGGCCCUCUUAUUCUUCUUGGGUAACUAAGAUCCCCCCUGCCCAGUAUUGUCAGAGUUUGAAAAUCCAACGAGCCUUCCUUGGGAGCAGCCUGAGGUGCCUGUAUGUCUGCCCAUCGGUCCGUCCCAAAAAGCAGACAGACAGGGGAGAGAGAGUUAGACGGGCUCGUCUGGGAUCCAGUCCUGGCCAGGGUCUGAGGAGGGUCCUGCAAUGUGACGAGAGAGCAACAGAACCAGCCGUUGUGCGUCUCAUGAGGUUAAACGGUUCUGCUCCCGUCUGGCGUUGCUGGUGUGCACAGAAGGUGAGGGAUGAAUCCUGCCUCCCUCCCCCUCAGCCCCUCGCAAUGAACCAGGACUGAUCAGGGGGGACUGACUACCUUUGUAGAAACAACAUGAAGGCGGUAAGUACCACACCGCCCCCUUCUCCUAACUCCUCCACGAGCUCACCAUACACUCAGUAGAGCACAGUUUUAUCCCGGCACAUCGUUACUGUUAAUCAGUAGGUUGUGGUUAAUGAAGUGGUUCCCCUCUGUCAUGAUGGAGGGGAAGAUGGAGACUUAUUGAUCAGCAGUGCUGUCGGAGCCCCACAUCUUCUGUAAUGAGAAACAGACUUCUUGUCUUCACAUGUUUUGACCAGUAAUCACAUUGGUAUGAAGCAUUCAAAGCCAUGGUUUUUUUUUUUUGUUUUGUUUUUUUUUAACCUUCGAUGUCGUGCUCACUCUACAUCAAAUGAGCAUGACACCCGUGAGCUAAGUUCAGUUUGAAGUGUGGAUUUAAAUUAGAUAAAAUGGUUAAUUUAAUGAAACCUUGGAUGUGUGGAUUUUUGCACAGUGUCUGAUAAAGCAGGUAAGUUAUUCUAUUUGUUUAGAUUUUUGACUUCUAGCCUGAAAUAAUUUUAUUGUGCAAAACAAAAGUUUGAAUUGUAAUUGAGUUAAUUAAAAAACAUCAGCUCUUGGUUUUGUGCAAAAAUUACCAAUUCUUUCUCCAGAAGCUUUUUCCCUUGAGAUGAUCUUCUUUUCCCCAUUGUGUAAAACCAAUCAUUCUUUAUCUAAAAGAUGUGGAAGAUGUCAAGUUUGUCAUCAACUAUGACUAUCCCAGCUGCUCUGAGGACUACGUCCACCGUAUUGGACGUACAGCUCGCAGUACCA